AUGUUCAGGAUCGAACGAGGGGAUCAAAUCUUCCUCAUCGAACUACUGGACCCCACGAAGAAGAGUGAUGAACUGCUAGACGUCACCGAUCACCUUAGCAAGUAUAAAACCCCGAAGAUCGAGGUCUAUGGAACCUACAAGCCCGUCGCCCAGCGAGUCAAGCCCGUACCCGGAGUAUUUCCCGAAGAUGCAAGAGUCGUACGACAAUUUCCUGAGAACCCACUCGACAGCCUACCUGCACUCACCAACCGACCACCAGAGUUUACGCCCACCAAGAAGCUGACACAAGAGCGUCUGGAAGGACUAAAAAUCAACCCAGAUGGUUUCCUGGAGCCAGAAGAGGAGAAACUAUUCCAGCACAUUUUCAAGCUGAACGAAAAGGUAUUGGCUUUUGAGGAAUCAGACCGAGGGACUUUCCGAGAAGAAUACUUCUCUCCAUACAUCAUCCCCACCAUUCCACAUGUCCCUUGGGUUGACAAAAACAUCCCGAUUCCCCCUGGAAUUCGUGAUAAAGUUGUAGAGCUCCUUCGCUCCAAGAUCGAAGCAGGAGUAUAUGAACGCAGC